AUGGCCGGGAGCCUCGCUGGGGGUGCAGGAAGGCGCCUAUGGAGCUGGGUGCCCCUGGCCUGCAGAAGUUUCUCUCUGGGUGUUCCUGUAUUGUAUUUUGUAUGGCUCACCGUCCUGUCUCCCAAAGUGGUUGAUCGUUGGAACGAGAAGAGGGCCAUGUUUGGGGUACAUGAUAACAUCGGGAUCCUGGGAAAUUUUGAAAAGCACCCCAAAGAACUAAUCAAGGGCCCUAGAUGGCUUCGAGGCUGGAAGGGCAAUGAAUUGCAGCGUUGUAUACGAAAGAAGAAAAUGGUUGGAAAUCGGAUGUUCUCUGAUGACUUGCACAACCUUAACAAAUGCAUCAGAUAUCUCUACAAACACUGUAACCGACAUGAGAAGACCGGUCGAAGAGAAAGCUGGGGACUGUGGACAUGA